AACGAAACAAAAGAAAAUCCUCAGCGUCGUUCGUUUUUUUGUAUUGUUGUAAUAAAUACAUAAAUAAAUUUUCAUUUUCGCAUCUUUAUAAACGGCCUCAAAAUUGGCAAAAUACGGAAAAACAAGAAAAUGAGUUACAAUGAGAAAUCGGAAGUCAUAACAAAGGACGAAUGGCUACAAAGAUUAGAGCAGUUUCCUUUCAAGCAGGCAGACAUGAAUCGCCUGAUAAUGAACUAUUUGGUAACAGAGGGAUUCAAGGAGGCUGCCGAAAAGUUCCAACAUGAAGCUGAACUCGAACCGAGUGUAGAAUUGAGUAGCCUAGAUGAUCGCAUUCUCAUCCGUGAAGCCGUCCAAGCUGGACGCAUCGAGGAAGCCACACACUUGGUCAAUCAAUUGCAUCCGGAUUUACUUGGAAGUGAGCGAUAUUUAUUCUUCCAUUUGCAGCAAUUGCAAUUGAUUGAGCUUAUUCGAGCGGGCAAAGUGGAGGAGGCUUUGGCAUUUGCCCAAAGCAAACUAUCCGAAUCGGGCGAGGAUGCAAUGUUCGAACUGGAGCGCACCUUGGCCCUAUUGGCAUUCGAGAAGCCACAAGAGAGCCCAUUUGCCGAUCUCUUGGAACAAUCGUAUCGCCAGAAAAUUGCCAGUGAAUUGAAUUCUGCGAUUUUACGUUGCGAACAUAGCGAGGAUUCUACACCAAAAAUGAUGUUUCUACUGAAGCUAAUACGGUGGGCCCAAUCCAAAUUGGAUAGUCGAUCGAUAAACUAUCCAAAAAUGAAAGAUCUGGAAUCGGCCCAAUUGGAGCCAAAAUAGAAAUAAACAAAUAUAGUGACAGCUUCAAAAUAUAUAAUAAUUGUUAAUUUAAAAAAAAUAACAAUUUUCACUACUCGAUUUUUUUUUGGAAUAAAUCGAAAUUUAAUAGUUAUAUACUA